AUGGAUGACAAAAAGUCAUACAAAUCUAGCGCAUUUUCUGCGUUGACCAAAUGGACCCAUAAAACUCAGGAGGAAGAGAUGGAUAUCUAUGAUGUGCCGCGACUGUGCAAACAACAUUCCUUGAAAAUCUUGAACCAAUACUGCGCGUUCUGCGAAAAACCAGUUUGCGACAAAUGUAAACUGAUAACACAUGCGCGACACUUAGCAGAGAUUAAAGGAUACGAUGCUUUAGUUCGGGCGGCAAGAAGCAGACGUGCAAGACUAAGACGCUUGUUGAAGUUCAAAGAAACAGAGGUCACCCCUUCUUUAAAAGGACUGAUAUUGCAGAUUUCCGAAAGUAGAUCGAAACUUGAGAGUGAAGUGGAUGACGCUACGCGGAAAUAUAGAGCGUAUGUGGAGAGGCACAGGGAUAAACUGUACCAGAUGGAGGAGGAAUGGGUAGAUGACGUCAACAGGAAGGCGAGUGAAUACUACAAACUCAUGGACGAGAAGGUGACAUUUCUUAAAGAACAGUUGUUUAAAUCUGAAAGUUCUUUUGCUUUUGUUCGAAACAAACUGGAUACUGUUAACCAUGCCGAACUACUAUUGAUCAUCGGGGUGCUUCGUUCGUAUCUUGAAUUCAUGCACGAUACGAGGUGGCCGAAGGAAGAAAUCAAGUUGGUGAUGAGUUUAAAAUCGGUCCCAGACUUUGGAUCCAUAAUGUUUCAGACUGACGCUAGUCAAAAUGAAAAUUGUAAAGUAGAUUUUAUCCGUGAAAUUAAAGAGCAUGUUGUGUACGCAAGAGUUUAUGACACGAAAUUGCCAAUACCUAAGAAAGUUCUCGAAGAUGAAACUGCAAAAAUUUCUUUGGCGUCUGCGUCAGAGAUGUACGUAUCAUUCCGCGAGUAUAUUGUGACGUACACGUUAGAUUCUAGACGUCACGGCAGGGCAAGUAGAAACAUUCGAUUCACAAGUAUUAUGUCUGUUAGUGAGAAUAUAUUGGACAUAUCGUGUGACAAAAGUGGACAUAUUUUCUACAUCACCAACAAAGCGGUCAAAUCAAUUACCGACGAUAGCAAAAUUCUGCAAUGUUUUACAGUCCCCGACGUCCCGAGUGCUGUAUGCGUGGAUGAUAACGGGCAAAGAAACUUGCUGUACGUCGCUUUUCAUAACGCCGGGCGUAUUCUAAAGUUCACCAUCAGCGGUGAAUUGCUGGCUACGUUAAGCCAUCCGGAUCCCAGAAUGAUGUACAGGCCCCGACAUUUGACAACAAACAUGAUCGGGGAAUUGUUUUUCUCAGACGAUAUCUCGAACAUAACGAUACUUGACGACAACGGAAUUUGGAAACGUUCCAUCAAACGUGACGUCAAAACGACGAUUACCAGCGGCCCGUUACGCCCGAACGGAAUCGCGUGCUCGCCACAACGUCACGUUUUUGUCGUCGACGCCAAUGCCGUAUCGAAUUUGCACAUAUUCGGCGAAGACGGGAAGUAUCAACAAACUGCCGUUUUUAAAAAUCUGCAUGACGCUUACGUCGUGAGCAUUGACGUUACUGGUGACGUCUGGAUAGCCUUCAAAGACGGCCGUCUUAGAAUAUACAGACCAGAGUUCAUUACUGACCUGGAAACGUGA